AUGGAAGACCUGUUGGCAGAAUCGUUACAUGGAUACUAUACAGAAGUAGAAAGGUUACUCAUAAAAGGAGAUAAUGUAAAGCAAUUAGAUGAAACAGGAUGGGAUUCUCUACUGCUUGCGUGUUGUAAUGGCGAUGAUAAAACUGCCAAGCUGCUAAUUCAAAAUGGCGCAGACUUAACAAAUGUAAAUAAAGACGAGCUCGAUGUUGUUAUGCUUUCAUCACAGAAAGGACAUUAUGCUGUUUUAGAAUUACUUUUAGAGAACGGUGCAAAUUAUACUCGUGUUACUACAAGUGGAUGGAACGCCUUAAUGAUUGCAGCUUUAAACGGCUAUUGUAACAUUGUAGAGCUUUUGAUGACAAAAGGCGUAAGCUUACAUCAAACAGACACAAAUGGAAUGGAUGCAUUGAUGAUUGCGUCUGAAAGUGGACACGAUAAAAUAGUAGAACUACUCUUGGAUGGUGGUGCGGAUGUUAAAAGAUUGCAAUCAGACAAUUGGAAUGCGUUAAUGAUUGCUUGUGGGAAAGGACAUGAAACAAUUGUAGAGUUACUUUUAAAAAAAGGUGCUGAUUUAAAUCAAUUUGAAACACAUGGAUUAGAUUCAUUAAUGAUUGCGUGUGAAUUCGGGCAUGAAAAAAUUGUAUAUUUACUGAUACAACAUGGAGCUGAUGUAAACAGGUUAAACAACAACAAAUGGUCAUCUUUAAUGUUUGCAUGCAAUAAGGGUCACUACAGGGUUGUCAAGUUACUGACUCUAUGUAACCUUGAUUUGUAUAGAAGGACAGGGGAUCACUCACACGGAUUGCCAAUAACAGAUGUGAAUGAAUUAAGACAUGUUGACAAGACAGUCCAACAUCAUAGUAGUUGUGUAGGUUACAAAGCUUUGAUGAUCGCCUGUGAAAAGGGAUAUGUCGAUAUUGCAGAGUUACUGCUGCAAUUUGAUAUAGAUGUAAAUUGUAUUACAAACGAUGGUUGGAACCCUUUAUUUGCGGCAUGUGUGUACGGGAAGGACAAGAUUCUCGAGCUAUUAUUAGCAUAUGGAGUUAGUUUGGGUCAAUUUAAAAAAGAAGAAAAUAAUUCAGUAUUGAUUGCUUGUAGUAAACGUCAUUAUAAAAUAAUUGAAUUAUUAGCCACAUAUGGUGUAGAUUUAGGCUGCAUAGACAAUAAAGACAAUAAUGCUCUUUUCUUUGCGGCUAAAGAAGGUCACAAUGAAAUUGUUGACUAUCUUAUAAAAGCUGGAGUUGAUGUAUAUCACAGCAAAGACCUAGGAUAUUGCCCAAUAUUAUUAGCAAUAGAAAAAGGAUUGACCGAAAUAGCUCAGCAAUUAAUAGAAAAUGGCGCAUGUAUAACAUGUGCUGAUAGUGAAGGUAACAAUGCGUUAAUUCGUGCAACCGAACUCGGACAUUUUCAAAUUGUUGUGCUACUUAUAAAAUAUGGAAUAAAUUUAAAUCAUACAAAUAAUAAAGGAGUUAACGCGUUCCUGAUAGCCUGCAAAAAAUUACAUGUCGACAUUCUAGAGUUUCUGCUUAAAUAUGAGACAGAUGUUAACUAUAUUGCAGAAGAUUGUUUGAGUCCAUUAUUAUUCCUAAUUGUUUAUGGACAUGACAAAAUCCUAGAACUCUUAUUGAAACACGGAGCUGAUAUUGAUAUCAUAAACAAGAGUGGCGGUGAUGCUGUAAUGGUUGCUUGUGAAAAAGGUCAUGAUAAAAUCAUUGAAUUACUUAUUAAAUACGGCGCUUCUUUAACUUUUGUUGACCAUAAUGGUAAUAAUGCUUUAAUGCACGCAACUAAAAAUGGACACAUUCGUAUUGUAGAAUUACUUAUCCUAAGUGGACACAAUUUGAACCAUUUUAAUAAAUAUGGAGAUAAUGCUUUACUGAUAGCGUGUAGAGAAAAAUAUAUCGAUAUUUUAGAUUUAAUGUUAAAAUAUAACAUAAAAUUAACAUCGCGGGUAUGUGGCGCAGUAUUAACUGCCUAUAAAAAUAAAGACUAUGACAUCAUAGAAUUACUAACAGAGUAUGGUGACUAUUUUAGAUCUGCAGAAAUUGAUGAUUGCUAUGUUUUAAUGCGUGCCUGUAAAAAUGGACAUUUUGAAAUUGUUGACUAUCUUAUCAAAGCUGGCGUGGAUGUAAAUCAAAGCAAUCACAACGGUUAUUGGCCAUUACUUAUAGCUUCAGAAAAAGGAUUUACCCAAAUAGUUAAAAUAUUAAUAGAAAACGGUGCAUGUCUAACAUGUGUAGACAAUAUGGGUAACAAUGCGUUGAUUCUUGCGACCAAAAAUGGACAUUUUCAAAUUGUCGAGCUAUUAAUAAAACAUGGUACAGAUUUAAAUUAUAUUAACCAAACAGGAGAGAGUGCUUUCCACAUAGCAUACAAAGAAGUGCAAUGCGAAAUACUAGAGUUACUGCUUCAGUAUAACAUAGAUGUAAACUAUAUUGCAGAAGAUUGCGAGAGUCUAUUAAAAUGUACAUGUCUUCAUGGACAUGACAAGCUCCUGGAAUUCUUAUUGCUUCAUGGAGCUGACAUAAAAAUCAUAAACAAUAGUGGAUGUGAGACAGUAAUGAAUGUUUGUAAAAAAGGCUAUACAAAAAUAAUUGAAUUACUUAUUAGACAUGGCGCUUGUUUAAAUUUUAUUGACAUUGAAGGUAACACUGCUUUAAUGUAUGCAGCCGCUAAUGGACAUUAUAAAAUUGUAGAACUGCUAAUGGAAAGUAGAAUUGAUUUCAAUCAUUUAAAUAAAAAAGGAGAAAACGCUUUAUCAAUUGCAUGCAGAGAAUUAAAUGUUGAACUUUUGAAGUUGUUACUUAAAUAUGAUGUAGAUAUAAAAGGCAACGUAAGAGAAGGUUUGGCCCCAUUAUUAUUUGCAUGCACUUACGAAUAUUAUAACAUUAUAGAACUGUUAUUACAACACGGAGCUGACGUUAAUCUGAUAAACACUGAAGGGUGUGAGGCAGUAAUGACUGCUUGUAAAAUAGGUCAUUAUAAAAUCAUAGAGCUACUAAUUAAAUAUGGCGCUUGUUUAACUUUUGUUGAUGUUGAUGGAAAUGAUGGGCUAAUGCAUGCAACUAAAAAUGGACACAUUCGUAUCGUAGAAUUUUUAAUUCAGAGUGGAUGUAAUGUAAAUAAUUUAAAUAAAAAUGGUGAGAAUGCUUUAAUAAUUGCAUGUAGAGAAUUACAAAUUGACAUUUUAGAGUUGCUGCUUAAACACGGGGUAAGUGUGAACUGUGUUGCACAAAAUGGCUGGAGUCCAUUAUUAUUUUCCUGUAGUUAUGGACAUGACAAAAUUCUAGAACUAUUAUUAAAAAAUGGAGCAGACAUUGAUCAAAUUAGCACAAGAGGAUGUGAGGCAGUAAUGACUGCGUUUAAAAAAGGUCAUUAUAAGAUAAUAGAAUUACUUAUUAAAUAUGGUGCUUGUUUAAAUUUUGUUGAUGAUGAUGGUAAUAAUAGUUUAAUGCAUGCAAUCAAACAUGAACAUAUUCGCAUUGUAAAAUGUCUAAUUCAAAGUGGAUGCAAUUUGAAUCGAGUCAAUAAAAAAGGUUUAAAUGCUUUACAUAUUGCCUGCAGAAAAUUACAAGUCGACAUUUUUGUGAUGCUCAUUAACAGCUACAAAGAUAUUCGUAAACAUAUAGCUGAAGAUUGCUGGGCUCUUUUAUUAUACUCAUCUGUUUAUGGUCUUGAUAAAGCGUAUGAAUUGUUAUUUCACCAGGAAGCAGACAGUGGUCAAACAAAUCCACUGGAAUGCAAGGAAGCAACGACUAAUUGUGAAAAAGGUCACUUCGAAAUCAUAAAAUUAUUAAAACAUCAUAUCCCUGAUUUUAGUCAAAAGGAUAGUGAUGGAAAUACAGCUGUAAUGCAUGCAUCUAGAAAAGGACAUAUACAAAUUGUAGAAAAACUGAUACAAAUUGGUGUUGACAUAAAUUUCUGCAAUGAUGAAGGAAAUAGUGCUUUAAUGGAAGCUAUUAAUGUCGGGAAUGUACAAAUUGUUAAAUUAUUAAUAAAUAGUGGUUGUGAUACAAAAAGUAUUAAUAAGUUUGGAGACAAUGCUUUGAUGAUUGCAUGCACAAAUGGACAAGACAAAAUUGCAGAGAUGUUACUAAACAAAGAACAUGAGAAAGAAUUGAAUAAGGACUAUAAUGCAAAUAAAUUACAUCUUAAAUUGGGGUCUCAAUGUAACCAAUUGAUAAAAAUAUAUGAUUUCUUUUUUAACGCUGUUGAAAAUAAAACAUUAACUACAUUUGAAAGUAUUGCAAAGGUUAAUUUUGAGAGUGGAAAUGUAAAUGUGUCUAUUGAAGAGAUAAAGUUAGCUUGGCAGCUUUGUGAAAUAUGUAAGGAUUUGUUUAAAGCAAUCACAUCAAGAGAUGAUUUUAAAAAACUGUCGGUACUAACAAAGAAUGUGUUGGAUGACGAGUUGUUUUCCAAGACAAAGAGGUCAAUUGUCAGCUUUUUAACUAUUCAUAUAAGAAAGCUAGAAAAUCAGAUUCCAGCCAAUGAUGUGCUAAGUUGUAUUUCUGAAGUUUUACAAGAAUAUUCAACAAUGAAAACGUUUAACACCGUACAUUUUUACGUGUAUCACAGAAUAUUAUACAGUCUCAUUUACUGUUUUAACUAUGACUGCAAAUACCACAUGAUAAACGUCGCGGAGUUACUUUUUCAGUACAAGUAUGAGGAAAUUAUAAUAAAAGUCAUACAAAAAGAAGACCUAUUGUACACAACUUUAACAGAAUCGUCUCUUUUGACUCUGUAUUUGCUGAAGUUUUUAAAUGUGUGCUGUUCAAAAAGCUAUCUAUUCUCAAAGCGAAUGGCUGAAUGUAACGUCGUCGAGAUAUUGACAGAUUUUCUUGGCCGGCAGAAAGAUGUACAGUGUGUCAACUCAAGAUAUGUUAUGCAUAACGUGCUUUCCAUUUUAUACAACAUUGUUUACUGUACGGAAAGAACAAAAGAAUUUCGGAAGGCCAAUACCGCCGAAGUAAUAAUCAACAUGAAUUCCAGUAAUAAAGCGAUCUCAUUCCAAUCAAAAGUUUUACUGUCCUUAAUUGGAGACAAUGUGAGAAAAGAGACAAAAGCUGAACUAAAACAAGCAAUAAUUGAAGGCAUUGACAAAGCUAUCAAGAAUAAAGAAAGAGUUCAUCUUGAAAUACAACUGAAUGGUCUGCUAAAGUGUCUCGCCAAAUUAGCAGAAGGAGAUGAUGAUUUUCAAGACAUACUCAAGCUGCUUCCAAAAUUUAAAGAAAUCCUCUUACACGGGAACAAAUCCGAGCAACGAAGUACUAUUGCAUGUCUAAAAGAAUUAAGUAGAAGUAUGGAAGCAAGUCAACAAUUUAUUAAUGAUGAAACGUUAAACAAAAUGUUGGAGCAGUUGACCACUAGUCCAGACAAAGAUAUUUCAGACAAUGCUCACUCAAUACUCUGGAGAUCAGGAAAAAGCAUUGGAACAUUGCCAUCUAAAACAGACAUGGUACUUUCUGAAGAAUUCCCGAAGAACUUUAAAAUCAAUGAAUCAAUUUUAGGAAGAGGUGCCUUUGGAAGCGUUCAUCUGGUAACAGAUGAAACCAGGCCUGAAGAGGAAAACUUUGUUGCAAAGAAAUCAUGUUUUACACAAUUUACCGAUACAAAUAGUUUUCUUGAUAUGUGUAAAAAGGAGGCAACGAUUCUACUUAAAGUAAAGCACAGACGAAUAGUUCAAUUUCAUGGAUUUAAGAAAACAGAGGAUGAGUUUUAUAUAUUUUUAGAAUAUCUGAAAAAUGGUACUCUCGCCGCGUUUAUAUCUAAGAGAGGUAGUUUGGGUGAAAACUUGACACGACACUUUACCAUUCAAAUAGUGGAAGGUGUUAAUUACCUACAUCAGAAUAACAUCCUGCAUAGGGAUAUCAAAGGCAAUAACGUUCUUAUGGAAGAUGACUUGAACCUAAAGAUUACAGACUUUGGUCUAUCUGAGUUUGUAGAUGCCAAUGGGGUCUCUACAGAAAUUGGGACAGUGCGAUACAUGGCGCCAGAAGUGAUGUAUACAGAAGGCAACGUAAUUCAAAACUACACAAGCAGAGCAGAUAUAUGGAGUGUCGGCUGCACAGUUUUAGAGAUGAUUAACGGGAAACAACCAAACUCGUCAGUUCCAACACAGCAGAUUGUUUUCCAGACCUACCUGGGGAACCCUCUUAAAUAUCAACUACCUGAAGCGUCAUCUGUUUACUUGAAAGAGUUUUUAGAAAGGAUUUUACAGCGGGAAUCUAAGUUAAGGCCAACUGCUGAUUGGUUGUUAAAAAACGAUCUGUUUAUUAAAGGGACUGACGGGCUGGAGAAUUGUUGA